AUGCUCUGUGAAGAGGUAAUUCCUGACCUCAUACUGGACUGUACCACAGCACGGGAUGUUAUCAGCAAACUCUCUGAGGUGUGUGAAAAAGCAGAAGAGCUUAUGAAUAAAGCCAAACUGUCAGGAGUGUACGAAAUGACAAAGCUGGCUCUGAAAGUAGCUGAGUACUCAGCAGAUCUUACUCAAAUAUUGGGUGCCAUACCAACAGAAGAGAUAAUACAACAGAAAUUUGUUCCUGAAUUAUUGGAGAACAUCAGUGAGCUUCAGAAUGAAAUGACAAAGUAUGACCAAGAUGGACGACACAAUUUACAUGAUGUACAGCGCCUUAAAGGUGAACUUCUACAGACUAUCGCCCAGAAGGUGUCUGACCAAUUCAUCAGUUCUUGUUCUGAACAUAUAAAUUCUUUAAAGAACAGCAUAUUUAAGAGUCACUUGAACAGUGCUGCAGGAAAGGCGCUGGACCACGUCAUGCACAGACAUAAAACUCAGCGCUUCUUUGAUGCCCAGAGAGAAAAACACAACAAGAAAUCUGCGAGCCACAAGGAAGUGGAACAGCUGUCAGAUGAGGACAAAACAGAGCUAAAGCAGUAUACAGAAGAUAUGUGCAAAGCUGAUCAGCCUACUACAGCCCUCGAUGUGUACGUGCUCACAAAAAGCAGCCUGCUUGGUGGAAAAGGAAUUGAACUCACUGGCGUUGAUGAAAAUGGAAAACAGCUCACUGUGGAACGUUACCUAGGAACCAACAAAUCAGCAGGCGAUAUAAAAUUGAGAUUAACCAAAUCUCCAAAAACCACACAUCCAUCACAAGCUGAUACACAGCUGUACAGUGGGCGUUUUGACAUUGUACAGGAUGAUGGCAGGAUAGUCAGCGUUAACUUGGAUCAUCAGAACGCUCUUUAUCAUGCUGUAGCACAAGCAACUGGCAGCGAGACAAAGGACCUAAAGACAGAAGCUUUGAUGCUACGUAAGAAAGUGAAAAAUGAGAUCCAGACAAACUUUGAGUCGUACACCCCCCUGCUUAUUCUCCAGAGAGGAUACGACUUCUGUCACAAAAACCCCAGUAAAUACAGCAUAACUGGAGGAAGUAUAAAGAAGACCGACGUUGCUCUGCAGAAAUACUUACAGAGUGUUAAAUUCAUCAGAAGUGGCGAACAAGUCCUCAUCAAAAUGUACCAUCUUGGAUUUGUUGGUGAAUAUAAAAGUGUUGUAAGUGCUCUGAGGUCCAGUAAGAACACCACAGGGACACUUAACACAAGCCACAUUCCACCGAAGGACUCCAUCAGACUUGCUGAGUCUUUCAUAGAUAACCCAAACUCAGUGAGUGAGCUUAAAAAUAAAAACCUGCCGCUUUAUAAACUAAUCAGCAGCAUGAAGACUAACAAUAAUGGAUGGAACCUGAUUGCCAUGGAGGUUCUGGGACAAGAUCACAGACGAGCUUUAACUACGGGCCCAAGCAGCCACUCACAGACAGCCAGGAAACUUCUAGCAGACACCAUAAUUAGUGGAGACGUGGAGCUUCUGCUGAAACGCUGCAUGAUUCUACAUCACCCGCUCACCUCACAAAAGCUGAGAGAAGCUCUAGGUGAAAGCAUUCCCUCUCAGUGCCACGUUUUGUCCGAUGAAGGUAUCCGAGGCUACUACAAAGCAGGAUACAGAAACCGGGUGGCAGAGUACAGCCGCAUGGGAAUCCUGGAUCAGAACCUGUGUGAGCGUCUGGACGAGUGGGUGACUCAGGACCAGCACGAGGACACUAACACUGCAGAGUACAGCCAGGUUCUGCAGGGGUUACAGUAAAAAUGCCUAGUGUUAGUGAACACAAUUUCUCUUUAGUGCCUUAUGAUAAAUAUGAUGGUGCACUGAAAUUGCAUCGAUUGCAAUAAAUAAAUAAAUGGAAAAUUAUUUUAGCAAGUAAAGAUAUCUUGUAAUAUUGGUAGAUCAUUUUGGUAAUUUUAAGCAUUUAUUUUUAGAAUGAUAAAAUAGGCAUUUAAAACUCAAAAUCAGUAGAAGUAUCUAGAAAUAUUGUGUUCUAUUAAAACAAAUCUAGUGUUUUCUUGUAGAAACUUAAGUUUGGGUUUAAGCAUUUAGAAAAUCAGAAUACUACAGGGUUAUUCCACAAAACAAAAACAGAAAUCCAAACA